AACCGACCAGACAUAACAGACACAGAAAUGGAAACUAUAAUGGACACUAUUGUUGAUAGUCUCUUCUGUUUUUUUGUUACGCUUGGAGCUAUUCCUAUAAUCAGAUGCUCAAGAGGAACUGCAGCUGAAAUGGUGGCAGUGAAAUUAGAUAAGAAGCUCAGAGAGAAUCUAAGAGAUGCCAGAAACAGUCUUUUUACAGGUGACACACUUGGAGCUGGCCAGUUCAGCUUCCAAAGGCCCCUAUUAGUCCUUGUUGACAGAAACAUAGAUUUAGCAACUCCUCUACAUCAUACUUGGACAUACCAAGCUUUAGUGCAUGAUGUUCUGGAUUUCCAUUUGAAUAGAGUUAACUUGGAAGAAUCAACAGGAACAGAAACUUCUCCAGCAGGUGCUAGACCUAAGAAAAAAAAUAAGAAGUCCUAUGAUUUAACUGCAUCUGAUAAAUUUUGGCAAAAGCAUAAGGGCAGUCCUUUUCCAGAGGUGGCUGAGUCUGUUCAGCAAGAACUGGAAUCGUACAGAGCCCAAGAAGACGAAGUCAAAAGACUUAAAAGUAUCAUGGGUAUAGAGGGGGAGGAUGAAGGAGCAAUAAGUAUGCUUUCUGAUAAUACAGCUAAGAUAACUUCAGCUGUCAG